AAUGGUAGAUUGUUAAUAUUGUGUGGGAACAAGGGGAAGAUAUUGAAAAUAGAAACAUUGCAUGGGAUGAAGAUUAAAAGCCAUGUACCUGGUGCUUAUGCUAGGUUAAGGGUAUUCCUCACUGGGGUCCCAAUAUAUCUAUGUUCACAGAUGAAAGAGGAUCAAAGAAGUGAGAGGUUAUCAGUGAUGCUGAGGUUUGAGAAAGUCUUGCCGGGAAAAGUACAGAUAGGAUUCCUUAGUUUCAAUGUUAGAUCAUUUUCCCCAUGCACUGUGGUGUUUUAAAUGCCAAAGAAUGGGACAUGUAGCUGCUCAGUGUAAAGGAAAGAAAAGAUGUGCCAAGUGUAAAGGCGCACGUAACAUGAUUACGGUGAAUGUGGAAGCAGUGUGAAGGGUAAGUGCUGUAAUUGUGGGGGAGAACACAGUGCAGCAUUUGGUGGAUGCAAGGUACAGAGAGAGGCUCAGAGAUACAUCAUGACUGAUCAUGUAUCGUAUGCAGAGGCCAUAAAACAGAUUGGUAGAACUACAGUGCGGACUGAUGGAGCGUACAUGGAUGUACCUGUAGUGGGUCUACAGUCGGGGCUGGUGCUUCUGAUGGUCCUGGCAUGAUUUUGAGGCCUGUUCAGAAAUCUUGUGCUCAUGAAUGUGCCUUGUCAAAGGACACUUUGAUAAUGAAUUAUAUUGAUAAGAUUAUCAGUACAACUUGGGUUGUGGAAAGCAAAAAUAACAGGUUGAAGGUUAUUGUGGAGAUGGCAAAAGAUAUAUAUUGGGGGUAACAGAUGUUACUGUUGAAAUGGUUGUUGACAUGCUGAACAAUGCUAAGGGUGGAGUGUUUCAGCAUGACAUAGAUACAGUUUAAUGGGGAGGUUUUUUUGGGGGAGGUUGUGGUAGAAGUUAGGGAUUUAUUUAGUUUAGAAUUUAUUUUCAUGGAAGUACAGAAUUGGGCAGAUCAUGAUUGAUCGUACAUUCUUGCACAGUAGGUGGCGGCAUGCACUUAAACUAUUGUUUGUGGACCGCCAUGAUAUAGAAGAAAAAUGUUUUCAGGAUUGUUUUAUUGUCUAUUGCCAUGGCUUGUUAUUCAAAAUAGGCUUAUAUGUUAGCUAGAUGAUCGAAAUAGCCUUCAAUUUCCAUGGAGUAUUGAAGACUUCCUGUUAAACCCCACUGAAGAAGAAGGAAGGGGCUGAGGUUAGGUUUAGGUCUAGGGUAUGGACGUCCCAAGGAUAUCAGAUAGCACUUAUCACUUUUGUUGAGUCAAGCUCCAGAGUGGAGCAGUGGUCUAAGGCACUGCAUCUCAGUGCUAGUGGCGUCACUACAGACUCUGGUUCAAUUCCAGGCAGUAUCACAACCGGCUGUGAUUGGGAGUCCCAUAGGGCGGCACACAAUUGGCCGUUCAGUGACAGAAGACUAGUUUUUGUGCAAUUUUUUUCACUUGAGAAAUAAUGUCUUAGUUAACUGUAAAAUCGCGGGACUAAGACCUUUAAGUAAAAACGAAUGACAUAUUUCUUGAUUUAUCUUAGAUUGAGUCUGACAUAUUUUGAUGAAGUGUUACUGUAUGUUGUUGCGUACAGUCUCUCUAGACUCUAGAGUCUAGAGGGACAAAUUGAAGUUUUUUUUUCAAGCUACUGUCUUUUUAAGUGAGUAAAUGGCACAGACUUUUACUUCUGGCUCGGAGCAAACCGAACCUAACCUAGGCUUUGAGACCCCUCGUAGCAACCUGGUCUCAGAGCAUUUCGAGACACUCCAUUUAGUAUGAAAUGUUACGUUUCGUAUGCCUAGACUGUCCUUUUAGCUCCUAUGUACUGUAAUCAAUGGAGCCUCAAGACCUAACCAAAGUGGUUCUGCUGGCUUGUGGGUCUUUCAACCCCAUAACCAAUAUGCACCUGCGUAUGUUUGAAUUGGCACGGGAUUACCUGGAAGAUACAGGACAGUACAUAGUUGUGAGGGGCAUCAUCUCUGCAGUGGGUGACGGCUAUAAGAAGAAGGGUCUGAUUGAGGCCUGUCACCGUGUAGAUAUGGCCAGGCUGGCCACAGACACCUCUGACUGGAUCAAGGUAGAUGCAUGGGAGAGCCAGCAGCCUGAAUGGGUGGAGACAGCUAAAGUGAUGCGGCAUCAUUCUAAAGAACUGACGACAGUGGAACAGAACAAUGACUAUGUGGACACUGCAAAGAAGAGGAGGAUUGAGGCGACAAAGCACGCUUUCGAGGAUCCAUCCUCGUAUCACACAAGGAGAGACAACGGCCCUCAGCUGAAACUCCUGUGCGGCGCGGACGUCCUGGAGUCCUUCGGCGUUCCCAACCUGUGGAAGCACGAGGACAUUGCCGAGAUCGUGGGCCGCUAUGGCCUGGUGUGCAUCACCCGCAACGGCUGUGACGCCCACAAGUUCAUCCACCAAUCGGAGGUGCUGUGGAAGCACCGCAAGAACAUCCACGUGGUCCGUGAGUGGGUAACCAACGAGAUCUCGGCCACGCACGUGCGUCGGGCCCUGUGCCGGGGCCAGACCGUCCGCUACUUACUGCCGGACCCGGUGGUGAGCUACAUCCGGGAGCACGGACUGUACAGUGCCGAGAGUGAGCAGAAGAACGCUGACGUCGUCCUUGCCCCGCUUCAGAGACACACCGGCCCCUCCUCCAGCUGAGGUGGCCAGCCAUAUUGCCUGCUGCCAACUUGAAUGCCUUGAGUCCAUUGAAGGCCGGUGGGAGGAGCUAUAGGAUUACUGGCUCAUUGAAAUGGAAUAUAUGGAAGGGCAUUAAACGUGGUUUCCAUAUGUUUGAUACCUUUACUAUUUAUUUUCUAGCCAUUACAAUUAGCCCGUCUUCCUACAGCUCCUCCCACCGGCCUCCUCUACUUGAGACUGUGUAGUAGAGGCAUUUUAUCUUUUACUGGUUUGAAAAGAUAUGUGAAUGAAUGCACAGAUGUUUUUGUAUAUUUUUGUAACAGUUGAAGUAGACUGCUCACCAGUGCUAGAAUGAGUUUGCACCAGAAUAACCUCUUGUGUGGCAUCUCCUCAGAGAAUGGGUGAAUCUGCUAAAGUUUAAAUGAAUAACUGUUUUGUAGAAAAGUAUAAGCACCCAAGUAGUGGCAAUCCCAAGCGCCAGAAUGUAAACCCUUGAUCUGUCACUAACAGUCAAUCUGGUCCUUGGAGCACUUUAUCUAUAUAAUAGCACAGAUCGACACCCAUGAUUAUUUGUGUACAAAUGAGAAUUCCUUGAUUUACAAUGAGCCUGAUGUAUAACUACAGACAUUUUUCAUUUUGCAGUGAUUAACAAGCUCGUCCACCCUUGUACAUUUUGUGUUUCUUUUUAAAUGCUGGGGCUUUAGUGUGUGUGUGUGUGUGUGUGUGUUUGACUAAUUCUCUCAGGCAAAGGCAGUUACAUACAAACGGCAUGGUGUAUAUUGAGAGAAAUAAAACGCUGUCUUUGUUUUGCAGCUUGUGAACA